CACCACCUUGUUCACCAGGCUGUUUUCCAAAACAUGUCACGAAGACGCCCUCAAUUUGCAAGAAUGGACAACCAGCAACUCCAGGUGAUUUUGAUGGUGAAAAUUGUGAAUGUUGUCCUACUCCUCAAUCGGGUCCUUCUCCCGAUCUUCCUCCUGGACAAGAUCCUCCUCCAUUCUAA